AUGAAAGAUCUUCAGCACUCUCCAGACAGGAGUCCACAAAAUGGAACCCCUGCGACACCAUCUCCAAACUCCUCACGACCUGAGUCUCCAGGCCUCCUGCCAUACAAAUAUAUCUCACUCAUGGACCGUAUCAAAGCUAAGAUUGCAGAUGACGAACCAUUUUUUUCACUGGAAUUCUUUCCUCCAAAGACUGAAGAGGGCGCUGUAAAUUUGGUUGCCAGGCUUGAGCGCAUGUUGCUGGGAGGUCCCCUCUUCUGUGACAUCACAUGGCACUCUGCGGGAGACCCGACCUCGGACAAGCACACCAGCUCCACAGCCAUUGCAGGCACCAUGUUGAAUUACGUUGGCAUGGAAACCAUGCUACACCUGACUUGCAUCGGUGCGUCCAAGGCAACCAUGAUUAAUCAGCUGGAAAGAGCCAAGGAGUUGGGUAUUAGGAAUAUUCUUGCUCUGAGAGGAGAUGCCAAGUUUGGCGAGGAGUGGAAACCAGAGCCAGAUGGUUUUAACUAUGCCACAGAUCUUGUCAGGUUUAUCAGGCUGCACUAUGGAGACUAUUUUGUUAUCUGUGUAGCAGGUUACCCUAGUGGGCAUCCAGAUUGCGAAUCCUAUGAAGCUGACCUUCAGAACCUAAAAACGAAAGUAGAUGCUGGAGCAGACUUUAUAAUCACACAGCUGAUUUUCCAGUCAAAGACUUUCCUGAAGUAUGUGCAGGACUGCAGGAAUAUCGGCAUUACAGUUCCUAUACUGCCAGGAAUAAUGCCAUUUCAGUCUUAUCAGUCACUCCGCCAUAUCACACGUUUGUCUAAAAUGGAGAUCCCACAAGAAAUUUUGGACGAGGUGAUUCCUAUCAAAGACAACGAUGAGGCAAUCAGGAACUGGGGUAUUGACAUUGCAUACAGAAUGUGUUCAGAAAUCCUUGCCGCAAAAGGAGCGCCUGGCCUCCAUUUUUACACCUUAAACAGAGAGGUGGCCACUGUUUCUGUUCUGAAGAGACUUGGAAUGUGGUGUGAGGAACCAAAGAGAAUGUUGCCAUGGAAACCAACGGCCAAUCACAUCCGCUGUAUGGAGGACGUGAGGCCAAUAUUCUGGAGGGCGCGCCAGAAGAGCUAUGUUCAGCGUACAUCAGACUGGGAGGAUUUCCCUAAUGGCAGAUGGGGAGAUUCAUCCUCAGCGGCCUUUGGGGCCUUGAAGGACCAUUACCCAUUCUAUCUUACCAGUAAAUCUUCACAUGAAGAGUUGAUGUCUAUGUGGAAAAAAGAACUGAAUAGUGAAGAGGAUGUUUGGGAUGUUUUCUACCACUAUAUCACUGGGGAGGCAUAUGACGAUGGUGUGAAGGUUACCAGGCUACCAUGGGAGGAUGACGAGGUCACCCUGGAGACCAGCCUAAUCAGCUCGGAACUAGCCUCCAUCAACAGGAAAGGGGUGCUGACCAUCAAUUCUCAACCAAGAAUUAACUGCGUCCCCUCCACAGACCCUGCCGUGGGAUGGGGGAGCCAUGAUGGGUACAUCUUCCAGAAGAGCUAA